AUGGUGGUUCCAAUCAUUGCUGGUAUUGGGUUGACGGUUGGGGCGCUUACUAUCAAGCUGACACUAGCAGCUCUUCGAAAGUUCCGUCACCUAACGCCACAGAUGAUCGCUCAACUUAAUGGCCUCAAGCUUGUUGAUCCAAACGCCGGCGUCAAACUCGACAAGCUGGAUCCCCGCUACGAUCAGUACCAAUACAUACGAUCAAAUUACGCCAACGAAGGAUUCAAACCCCGAAUAACAGAAGAUGAGGCGUUGGCGAUAUUGGGAAUCACGGGAAAUGACAUUCUUCAAAUUAACAAAAAGAUGGUUCACGAUAGGUGGCGGAAGUUGAUGUUGUUGAAUCAUCCCGACCGUCAGGGUCUGCAGUAUUUGAGUCAAAAGUUAAACGAAGCCAAAGACGUGUUGGAGAAUAGUUACAUGUGUCGGGGUAAAUGA